UGCUUAGUCAGAAGUAGUAGCUUUUCCCCACCCACCCCCUUGCUCCGUCUACUUUUGUUUCCACAUGGGUGUGACUUUUCAGCUCCCCCCUCCCUGUUAUGUCACUGCUUCAGUUUCUUUAGAAUCAGAAUAAAAACUGCAGCAAACUUCAGAGCUCAUUGACUACAGGCUGAAUGAGGCUUUUUUGAUUUGUUGCAACCUUCAAGGAUCUCCUUAGUUUUGGCAAAGUAACUCCGAAGAAACAAUGAGCAAGUUUUUGUUGUGUGCAACUUUUGGAUUAUACUUGCUACAGCUUUGUCUAGCAGAGACACAAUUUAAUAUCAGUUGCAGAUAUGCUGGAGUUUUCCACGUUGAGAAAAACCGUCGCUACAGUCUCACCCGAAAUGAGUCAAUUGAACUCUGCAGAGCUCUCAAUAGUACCUUACCAACAAUGGAACAGAUGACGAAAGCUCACAAACUUGGAUUUGAAACUUGCAGGUAUGGCUUCAUAGAAGACAAAAUUGUAAUCCCACGGAUCAAGCCCUAUUUUCUUUGUGCAGCAAAUUACACUGGGAUUUACAUACUCAAUUCAAAUACGUCGGACCGGUAUGAUACAUAUUGUUACAAUGCAUCGGAAACCAGGGACCAGGCAUGUGAACCAAUCAUAAGGUUUGAUGCUUCUUGGGCUGAUAAUCAUACCAAAAUAGUCAUAGAUAAUGCGGAUGGCUCACGUUACAUGGAUGGUGUAAGACACACUGAGCCAACUCCAGUUACAGAGGAUGAUCGUGUGGGUAGUGGCUCAAUACAUGACAGUGAUACAACAAACCCCACCAUCAUCAGAACUCGCAUAUCUGGUUCUCCAUAUUAUGAAGUGCCAUCAACAGAUUAUUCUUCAGGAUCGGGCAGAAAGGAAUAUCACCCCACACGCACCAAUCAUAUUGCACCACUUGAUGAAGAUUCCACUCAGAUUUCACUGAUGACUGAACGAGACAAUGAUCAUCCUAACAAAAGACCACAUCCCACAAGUACUACUGUGGAUCACGACCAUUACACAUAUCCUGAAACCACCACCCCAUGGUGGCAGUCUCUAAAUUCCAAGGAACAGCACCCAAUAACUGACAGCAAUGCAGAUCUCAGCUCACAGGAUGGUGGUGCAGAUGAUGACUCAACACAGGAUCCAUUAGUAGCAGUAAUUUCUCUUGGAGGAGACCACAGUGGUGACAAGAAACUGCAUCCUCCAAGUACCACUGUAAACCCACAUCAUGGAGCACAUGAGGAAACUUCCACCCAACGCGUGGGGAAUCCAUCCCCGGACAGUUGGUGGUGGUCGACUACAGGACUGAAGGAACAUCUUACAACCAUGCCAUUUGAUGAUGAGGAUUCACAAGAAAAUGAAUCAGCUGAUGAAGAUUCACUACAAGAUCCAUUACACUCUGGAUGGGGCAAAAAUGAUGACAAGGAGGACCACAUUCCAGUUACCAAUGUGGAUUCCCUUCGUGAUUCCAAGCGUACAGAAUCAACUGCAGAUCCUUUGUUGCAUAAUGUUUAUCUUGGAAGGGACAAAGAUGAGGACAAAUAUUCCAAAAACACUACUGGGGACAGUGUGAAGCCUGCACAUUUCCCUGGAAAGGAAAGAGAUCAUUCUUCAAGUGUGACUGUGAAUAAAGAACUAGGACACAAGACACAUAGCCCUACAGCAGUUGUGGGCCCCAAUGAAGGUGCCAAAAAUGAAGUCCCAACUAAAGAUCCUGGAUGGUUUAAUGAAGUCAAGUAUUCCACAAAAGCUACUAGGAAUGAUGUACUACCUGGAGUCAUUCCUUCACGUGGAAGUGAACAUUCAACUACAGCAGAGGUCCCUAACGAUUAUGCCAAACAUGAAGGUCCAGUCCACAGUGCACCGUCUCCUGCUGAUCCAAGAUGGUCCAAAGAAGACAAGUAUCCCACAAAUAUCACUAGAGAUGAAGUGUUACAUGGACUUAUCCCUCUGAGUGAAAGUGAACAUAAGGAUGGAUCUUCUCCUACAGCUGUGGUUUCCAUGAAUGGUGCCAAACAUGGAGGUUCAACCCAAGAUCCACCAUCGUAUGUGGAUUUGUUGGGCUGGGGCAGUGAAGACAAGUAUCCUACAAAUACCACUAAGACUGAUGUGCAGCAUGGACUUGUGCCUUCAAGUGAAAGUGAACAGAAAAAUAGAUCUACUCCUAUAGAAACUGCUGUUACCUCCAGUGAUGGUACCAUACAUGAAGACUCAACUCAUGGUUCACUGCCUCCAGAUAAUCAACCAGGAUGGGGCAGUGAGGGCAAAUAUCCCACAAAGACCUCCAGGAAAAAUGUCAUGCAUGAACUUAUUCCUCAAAAUGAAAAUGAAUAUAAAGAUGAGUCUUAUACAGCUGUGGUCUCCAAUGCUGGUGCCACACAUGAAGACUCAACACAUGAUCCAUUGUUGCAUGGUGUUCAUCCUGAAUGGGGCAAUGAAGAUAGAUAUUCCACAAAUACCUCUAGGGAUGAUCUACUACGUGGAAUUAUUCCUCCAAGUGAAACUGAACAUGAGAAAGAAUCUCCUUAUACAGUGGUGAUCUCCAGUGAUGGUGUUAAACACGAAGACUCAACUACAGAUGCGUUGGCACCUGGCAUUCAACCCGGACGGGAUAAUGAAGACAAAUAUCCCACAAACAAUACCAGGGAUAAUUUGAUACCUGGAGUUUUUUCUGACUUUGAAAGUGGACAUGGCAGAGAAACAGCUUCUACAAUCACCAGUUUUACAUCUAACAAACAUGAUAGCAGAAUAAGAGGUCAAGAUGGACAGACUACAACAACAAAUAUAUUUUCUCAGCCAAGAUCAGCCCAAAUACCAGAAUGGCUGAUCAUAGUGGCUUCUCUUGUGGCUCUGACAUUGGUUUUGGCGGUUUGCAUUGCUGUCAAUAGUCGGAGAAGAUGUGGGCAGAAGAAGAAGCUAGUGAUUAACAAUGGCAAAGGGUCAGUGUCAGACAAGAAGAUGAGUGGACUGAAUGGAGAAGCUAGCAAAUCUCAAGAAAUGGUGCACUUGGUACAUAAAGAACAGCCAGAUAAUCGAAAAGGAACAUGUGAUGAAAUCCUGACCACAGAUGAAACACAAAAUCAACAAGAGGCUGGCAUGAAGACCGGGUUGUAAUAGUGUUGGGCCAUCUUGUAGAUCGAGAGUGGGGGAAAUCAAAAUGACAUGGAACUGGGCCUGGAACUCACAGAUGCAAUGUGCUACUGAUAACUUUUGAGCAUAACUAAGCAUAGAUUUCCUUCUUUUUAAUAUUUUUAAAAAUCAGGUCCAAAUUUUAAAAUAUUGACAUUGCUUUCUGAUAGAAGCCUCUGAGACUUGCAUAAAUUUUGCAGUUCCCAUUUCUUAUCUGGAAGAUACUUACAUAUAGCAUGUAAGAAGGAAUAGUUUCUCCAGGUACAGCACCUUCGCUGAGUGGAAACACAGAAAUAUCUAAUCAUUCGCAUUUAUGGAACUAAAUGUAUAUGCUACAAGCAUAGGUGAGGAAUAAAUGUCUGGAGAAAAUACAGAGGUAGCUCAGAAAGGGCUUCUGUAAAGUCUGACACCAAAAUCUUUUAAAAUUACCUUCUAGCCCUGCGGAGUUUGUCAGGUGAAUUCAGGAUCUGCAAAUAUGGGCAAAUCGUGACAUUUUAAAAUGAUUACAACUAGAGCUUUAAUGAGAACAAAAGGAAGAGGCAUUUUUAAAUGCCCAUGAAUAUACAAUGCAAAUAAUUUGUAUUCGGAUGUGUGAAAAGACUAGAGUUGAUACAUAAUAAACUUUUGUUCUUAUUAUCUUAACAAUCUGUGCAGUUAUCCCUCAGUUUCAGAGUUCUCCGUUGCUGUUCCCCGAAUAUAUUUUGAGUAUGUUCCCUAGUGAAACUUGUUAAUUAGGUUGACAAAUAAAUGCAGUGACCAGAACUGAAUCCCAUAUUACAAAAUCUAGCAGUAGGACAUGAUCAAACAAGAUGGCAAUGUUUUGUUUCUUGCAGAACAGAGCUCUAUCUAGCCCUGCUCUCAGUUUUAAUCACAAAAUUGUUGCAUGUUACUUGCUGAUAUUUUAACAGUCAAAUUAAAAUUGUGAUGCUUUCUAUUGGAUUCCAUUUCAUUCAUCUUUUUGUUUAAACUCUGCUUAUUAAAAAUUGCCAAGAGAAA